AUGAUGCGUGAAGCUGUUGGUCGCCUGGAGACGCGCGUUCUGUUGGCUCUGUGGCUGACGGUGCUUCAGGGAUGUAUAGAUACCAGAGCCGCUCCGAGUCAUUCUUCUCCACUGCAAACUUCCAACUGGGGCAAUCCGCGCAGAUUCGUGCACCUGCGCACUAGCACCGACUUCAACAACUUCUACCUGGAGAUAAACCUUAACGGACAAGUGCGCAAAACUACGCACAGAGGUUCAUACAGUGUGGUUUUAUUAAAAGCCGAGAGCAGGGACCGGAUUGCAAUACUUGGAGUAAAGAGUAACCGAUUCUUAUGCAUGGACGCAAUGGGGAAUCUUUUCACUUCGACGGUUUGUCACAGUGAUGACUGCUUGUUCCACCACAAGCUGUUGGAGAAUCACCGCGAUGUGUACUAUUCGACCCGGACAGGCCUGUUGCUGGACCUGGACGGUGUAAAGCAGGUGUACACGGCGGGUCGCAGUCUGCCCCAGUCUUCUCUUUUCAUGUCCGAGAGGAACUCUGUUCCGCUGGAGCGGCUGCAGCACCGGGAGCGUCGAGACCGCCAGACGGAGGGGACAGAGUCUCACCGCUCACGCGCUUUCUCUCUUUUCGUUGAGGAGUCGGACUCGCGCGCCGUUCGUGACGAUGACGCCGAUCUCGAGCUUGAAGCACCAGAGGAGCGCAACGUAUCCAGAGAAACCCUCACAUCACCUAACGAAGACGAUCCGUGGGACAUAGCUCACUCCAGGAACCCUGGCAGUCCCAGGAUGUCAGGGACUGUGGGCUAA